UUAUACAAUUAAGUUAUGACCAUUUGUCAGAUCACGUAAAGCCGUGUUUGGUUUACCUUGCAAGUUAUCCAAAGGACAAAGAUAUAAGGAUCUCUGAGUUGAAAAAUUUGUGGAUUUCACAAGGACUUGUGCAGCAGAUUGUGAUGAAAAGUGCAGAAGAAGUAGUGGAUGAGUUAAUUACCAGUAGCUUGGUAAUACCUUUCGAUAAUUCUAUUUGCAAAAUUCAUGAUCUUGUGCAUGACUUUUGUUAUAUAAAAUCUAGAAAGGAAAAGUUGCUUCACUAUAUAGGAGGUUCAGAAGCUCCGUCUUCCACUUCUUCUUCUUCGGAUCUUAUGCCACGUGGAAUUAUCAUUCAUUUUAAUAAAUAUCUAUUUCAUUUCAAUGAAAAUUUUGUCGUGUUUGAUCCAGAAAUGAAGAAUCCUUAUGUUAAACACCUCCUCUCUCUGAAGGUUGAUGAGCAUUGUCUUCCCUACAACAGUCACCUAAAACACUUGAGGCUUCUUAAAAGUUUGGAUUUACACGGCAUAACAUUGACUGAUUCUUUGCUGAAUGAAAUCGGUAUGCUCGUUCAUUUGAAGUACUUAUUCAUUCAGACGAAGUCAAAAGCUCUCCCUCCGUCAUUUUUAAACCUCUGCAAUCUAGAAACUCUGAUGGUGGAUAACUCGGAGGGAUCAUACAUGAUACUAUCGCCUUGUUUUUGGAGUCUUGCAAAGCUACGAGAUGUGCGUAUCAACAUUUGUUCUUUCUAUGAUCCAUACAUCAACGAACCAACUGGGUUAGACGAGGACUCAAGGUUAGAAAAUUUGAGAACAUUAUAUGAGCUCUACCUUCACGGUUCAGAAGACACGGAGAAUAUUUUCAAAAGGUUUCCUAAUCUUCAAAACCUUAGAGUCUGUAUCGAACAACUAUCAGAUUGUUCAGCAGAGAAGAUUUGUUUUCCAAGAUUGGAUGUCCUAAACGAACUUGAAGAACUCCGUUUAUCUUCUUCUUGGGAUUCAUUCAAUGAAUAUACACACGGCUUCCCUUGGAGCUUGAAGAAAAUGAGGUUGCAAGGGCUCGCUCUGACAUCCGAUUCAAUGUCAAGAAUUGCUAGACUACCCAACCUUCAAAAACUAAGUCUAGAAGACGCAAUCAUCGAGGAGGGGAAGAAUGGAACAUGGAAGAUGUCACCUUCCAGAAUCUCAAAUUUCUAAAAUUGGGUAGGGUGGAAUUUUCUGAAUGGCAGGUUGAUGCAGAGAAAUCCUUUCCCGUGCUCGAGAAACUAGAUAUAAAUAGCUGUGAUAAGCUUAUGGAGAUCCCAGACAGUUUUGGAGAUAUUGCGUCAUUAAAGUUGAUCAAUGUAUGGUACAGCCCUCAGCUUAAAGAGUCGAUCUUCAAUAUUAAGGAAUAUGUUGAAGAAAUGACCGGAGAAGACAAGCUUGAGAGAGAUCGAGCAAGCGCAUACAAAGGUUGGCCAGAUCAUAUCAACCUGUAAAGGCUUCAAAUGAUGAACCGAUCCUAAAGACAUGUAUGCCUUCUGCCAACGCGGUUUUUCUAUAUCCAUUUCGUUUAUUGAUAACAUUGUGGUUAAUAACUGUUUAUUAAGUCUAAACAGUGCUAGCUAUCAGUUCUUGUGUUCUUUAUUAUGACAGAUAAGAUAUUGUAUAUAUAUGUGCUUUUCAUUACCAUGAGAUCUUAUGUAUUAUUAGAUUCUUCUGAAGUGUGCGACUCUCGUGUUGAAGUUGUAAUCUUCAGU